UUUCAUUCUUACAAUAUUAAAUUUGUUUUUCAUCAAUUAUGAGUAUUUCUAAAAUAUCAAUUCAUGAACUAAAUGAAGAUAAUGUUAAAUAUUAUGCAUCUAUCAUUUAUGAUACUGAUCAAGUGCCAGAUAAUUCCCAACAUAUUAACAUUGAAGUUACAGAUGAUUCAAAGUUUGAAGAAAUUACAAUGGAAGAUAUUAGGGGAAUGCGGUACCGAAAGGGUAAAGUUCAAUAUCUCGUAAAAUGGAAAACAAUCGAUGAAGCAGAAUGGAUAGAAGCAGAUAAAUGUGAUAAGCAAUUAAUCAAAAAAUUUCUUGACAAGAAUGAAGGAUCAGCAAUGAAAGAAACUAAAUCAAAUUUUGUUAAAAAAGAAAAUAACAAAAAAAGCUUUCACGAAUUUAGAAAGGCUGGUUAUAAAGAUGUUCAAUGUAACCCUAAUACAAAAAUUGCAAAAUUACGUAAAGGUGAUUGGGAAGAUCAAGUUGAAGAAGUAGAAAGUAUGUUCAGACAUGUACCUACUGGAGAAUGGUUCAGUUUAUUGAAAUGGAAGAAUGGUUCUUUUUCUACGCAUCCAAAUAAAGAAGUUAACAUUAAAUGUCCUCAAAAGAUAAUCUCUUAUUAUGAAAGUCGAAUCGUGUUCGGAAAAGUAACCAAAAAGUAAAUUCUUGUUUGAAUGUCCGAAUUUCGAUUCAAGUAUUAGUUAUGCUGAGAAUAUUAUAAAGUAUAUAUAACUAUAUAACUAAAUAUUUCACAUUAGAUUGUUCUGCGAUUUGUUAAUGUAAAAA